AUGAGCAAAGAAGAUAAAAAGGAAUUCGGUCAAUUGGGUGACCUCGACAAGAGCUUGGUUUCAAAGAGCGUAGAGACUGAACAAAAAGUUCACAGCGGUUCUGGGAAAGCUGAAAAUGCUGGCAAGGUUGAAGGCAAGGUGGAAGGCAAGGUAGAAGGUAAAGUUGAAGGUAAAGUUGAAGGUAAGGUAGGAGGCAAGGUAGAAAACGCAGGAAAGGUAGAAGGUAAGGUUGAAGGCAAUGCAGGCAAUGCAGGCAAAGUAGAAGGUAAGGUUGAAGGCAAUGCAGGCAAAGUCGAAGGCAAGGUUGAAAAAGCAGGCAAAGUGGAAGGUAAAGUUGAAAACGCAGGAAAGGUUGAAGGUAAGGUCGAAGCUCCAGGUAAGGUAGAGGCAACAGGUAAAGUAGAAAGCGCAGGUAAAGUUGAAGGUACUGGUAAGGUUGAAAAUGCUAAGGCUGUAGGAGAAGGUAAAGUAAAAGAAAUUGGAAAGGUUGAAAAUGCUGGUAAAGUUGAGGGCCUUGGUAAAGUUGAAACAGAAGAUAAGAAGAAAGAAGAUUAA